AUGGCGGACCAUAUUGAAGCACAGAUUCGAGAAAUUCAAGGCAAGAAGGCAGCUCUUGAUGAAGCCCAAGGAGUGGGCCUUGAUUCCACAGGUUAUUAUGACCAAGAAAUUUAUGGCGGAAGUGAUAGCAGAUUUGCUGGAUAUGUGACAUCAAUUGCUGCAACUGAACUUGAAGAUGAUGACGAUGACUACUCAUCCUCGACCAGUCUGCUCGGUCAGAAGAAGCCUGGGUACCAUGCCCCCGUGGCACUGCUUAACGACAUACCGCAGUCGACAGAGCAGUAUGAUCCGUUUGCUGAGCACCGUCCUCCAAAGAUCGCAGACCGGGAAGAUGAGUACAAAAAGCACAGGCGGACCAUGAUAAUCUCCCCAGAGCGUCUCGAUCCCUUUGCAGAUGGAGGGAAGACCCCUGACCCUAAAAUGAAUGCCAGAACUUACAUGGAUGUUAUGCGGGAACAGCAUUUGACUAAGGAAGAGAGAGAAAUUAGGCAACAACUAGCAGAAAAAGCUAAAGCUGGGGAGCUUAAAGUCGUGAACGGAGCAGCAGCAUCCCAGCCCCCCUCAAAACGAAAACGGCGCUGGGAUCAAACCGCUGACCAGACUCCUGGUGCCACUCCCAAAAAGCUGUCAAGUUGGGAUCAGGCAGAGACCCCUGGACAUACCCCUUCUUUAAGAUGGGAUGAGACACCAGGUCGUGCAAAAGGAAGUGAAACUCCUGGAGCAACCCCAGGUUCAAAAAUAUGGGACCCUACACCUAGUCACACGCCUGCGGGAGCUGCUACUCCUGGACGGGGCGAUACCCCAGGCCAUGCAACCCCAGGCCACGGUGGUGCAACUUCCAGUGCUCGUAAGAACAGAUGGGAUGAGACCCCCAAAACAGAAAGAGAUACUCCUGGCCAUGGAAGUGGAUGGGCUGAGACGCCUCGAACAGAUCGAGGUGGAGACUCUAUCGGCGAGACACCGACUCCUGGAGCAAGCAAAAGAAAGUCUCGUUGGGAUGAAACGCCAGCUAGUCAGAUGGGUGGAAGCACUCCUGUUCUGACUCCAGGAAAGACACCAAUUGGCACCCCAGCCAUGAACAUGGCUACCCCCACGCCAGGUCACAUAAUGAGCAUGACUCCUGAGCAGCUUCAAGCAUGGCGGUGGGAGAGAGAAAUUGAUGAGCGGAACCGCCCACUUUCUGAUGAAGAAUUAGAUGCUAUGUUUCCAGAAGGAUACAAGGUCCUUCCCCCUCCAGCCGGUUAUGUCCCUAUCCGGACCCCAGCUCGGAAACUGACCGCAACCCCCACGCCUUUGGGCGGCAUGACUGGGUUCCACAUGCAGACGGAAGACAGAACUAUGAAGAGCGUGAGUGACCAGCCGUCCGGGAACCUUCCGUUUCUGAAACCCGACGACAUCCAGUACUUUGAUAAGCUGUUGGUUGAUGUCGACGAAUCAACACUUAGUCCAGAGGAGCAAAAGGAGAGAAAAAUAAUGAAGUUGCUUUUAAAAAUUAAGAAUGGUACACCUCCAAUGAGAAAGAUUCUUGUGGUUAUUGAACCACUGCUGAUUGAUGAAGAUUACUAUGCUAGAGUGGAGGGCAGAGAAAUUAUUUCUAAUUUGGCAAAGGCCGCUGGUCUGGCUACUAUGAUUUCCACCAUGAGACCUGACAUAGAUAACAUGGAUGAGUAUGUCCGAAACACAACGGCUAGAGCUUUUGCUGUUGUAGCCUCUGCCCUGGGCAUUCCUUCUCUAUUGCCCUUCUUAAAAGCUGUGUGCAAAAGCAAGAAGUCUUGGCAAGCGAGGCACACUGGCAUUAAGAUUGUACAGCAGAUAGCUAUUCUUAUGGGCUGCGCUAUCUUGCCACAUCUCAGAAGCUUAGUUGAAAUCAUCGAACAUGGGCUUGUGGAUGAGCAGCAGAAAGUCCGGACCAUCAGUGCUUUGGCCAUUGCUGCUUUGGCUGAAGCAGCAACUCCUUACGGUAUCGAAUCUUUUGAUUCUGUGCUCAAACCUCUAUGGAAGGGCAUCCGCCAACACAGAGGAAAGGGUUUGGCCGCUUUCUUAAAGGCUAUUGGGUAUCUUAUUCCUCUUAUGGAUGCAGAAUAUGCCAACUACUAUACUAGAGAAGUGAUGUUGAUCCUUAUUCGAGAGUUCCAGUCUCCAGAUGAAGAAAUGAAGAAAAUUGUAUUGAAGGUGGUGAAGCAGUGCUGCGGGACGGACGGUGUGGAAGCGAACUACAUUAAGACAGAGAUCCUCCCUCCUUUCUUCAAACACUUCUGGCAGCACAGAAUGGCUUUGGAUAGAAGAAACUACCGACAGUUAGUUGAUACGACUGUGGAGUUGGCAAACAAAGUAGGAGCAGCAGAGAUAAUAUCUAGGAUUGUGGAUGAUCUGAAAGAUGAAGCUGAGCAGUACAGGAAGAUGGUGAUGGAAACAAUUGAGAAAAUUAUGGGCAACCUGGGUGCAGCAGAUAUUGAUCACAAACUCGAAGAGCAGCUGAUUGAUGGCAUUCUCUAUGCGUUCCAGGAACAGACCACAGAGGAUUCGGUAAUGUUGAACGGCUUUGGCACAGUAGUUAAUGCUCUUGGCAAACGAGUCAAACCGUACUUGCCUCAGAUCUGUGGUACUGUUUUGUGGCGUUUAAAUAACAAAUCAGCAAAGGUUCGGCAACAGGCAGCUGACUUGAUUUCCCGCACUGCUGUUGUAAUGAAGACUUGUCAAGAGGAAAAACUGAUGGGGCACUUGGGUGUGGUGCUGUAUGAAUACUUGGGUGAAGAAUACCCUGAAGUAUUGGGGAGCAUUCUUGGAGCGCUGAAGGCUAUUGUUAACGUUAUAGGUAUGCACAAGAUGACACCACCAAUUAAAGAUCUGCUGCCUAGACUCACCCCCAUCUUAAAGAACAGGCAUGAAAAAGUACAGGAGAAUUGUAUCGAUCUCGUUGGACGCAUUGCUGACAGGGGAGCAGAAUAUGUAUCUGCAAGAGAGUGGAUGAGGAUUUGCUUUGAACUUUUAGAGCUCCUAAAAGCACACAAAAAGGCCAUUCGAAGAGCUACUGUCAACACUUUCGGGUACAUUGCGAAGGCCAUCGGCCCUCAUGACGUAUUGGCUACACUUUUAAACAACCUCAAAGUUCAGGAAAGGCAGAACAGGGUUUGCACCACUGUAGCCAUUGCCAUUGUUGCUGAGACAUGCUCCCCCUUCACCGUGCUCCCCGCCUUAAUGAAUGAGUACAGAGUUCCUGAACUUAAUGUUCAAAACGGAGUGCUGAAAUCCCUGUCCUUCUUGUUUGAGUACAUCGGCGAAAUGGGGAAAGACUACAUCUACGCGGUAACGCCUUUACUCGAGGACGCGCUAAUGGACAGGGACCUUGUGCACAGGCAGACAGCUAGCGCAGUGGUACAACAUAUGUCACUUGGUGUCUAUGGCUUUGGCUGUGAAGACUCUCUGAAUCACUUACUGAACUAUGUAUGGCCGAAUGUGUUUGAGACAUCACCCCACGUGAUCCAGGCCGUCAUGGGAGCUCUGGAGGGCCUGAGAGUUGCUAUUGGACCCUGCAGAAUGUUACAGUACUGCUUACAGGGUCUGUUUCACCCAGCUCGGAAAGUCAGAGAUGUGUACUGGAAGAUUUACAACUCCAUCUACAUCGGCUCCCAGGACGCUCUCAUAGCACAUUACCCGAGGAUCUACAACGAUGAUAAGAACACCUAUAUUCGUUACGAACUUGACUAUAUCUUGUAAUUUUAUCUUGUGUCUAAUGCACAGCUGUUUCACACCUUAAACUUGCUUCUGUCUGAUAUAAACUUGUAAAACAUUGCAGAUCAGUUUAGAGCUGGUCAUAGAGGAAGGUAGAAAUCCAGUAGCAUGAUUUUGAAAUAACUUUGUUUUUGAUGUUAAACAGUAAAUGCCAGUAGUGACCAAGGACGCAGUGAUUACACACUAUACUGGAGGGAUUGUCAUUUUUUAUUCAUCUUUAUGAAGAUUUAGAAUUCAUUCCUUGUGUUUAAAGGGAAUGUUAAAUUGAGAAAUAAACAUUCGUGUACAAAAUGUUAAUUUGUGUGUGUUUUUUGAAUAUACUUAUAAAAUGAAGAACUUUGGUAAAGUUGGUUUGUGUAGAAUAAGUGGUUUAACUUCAUUUUCUGUCACCUGGUUUAUUACAGAACAUAGUUAGCAGGACAGACUGUACAGUGGUGGCCCCUGUCAAAGUCCAUUGUUGAUGAGAAGAGCCCCUUUGGGGCGCUCCCCUCAGUGUGGCGUGAGCAUCCUCCACCCUAGAAGAACUUACACAGCCCCUGUCACCUGGUGAUGUCUCAGUGCUUUGUGACGGGCAGAGAGGAUGUAUCUUAGGUCGCAUCCAGCUCCUGGUGGGCCGUGUUCAGACAGUGGGGACACUGUCUAUCCUUCAGAACUCUUCUCCCUGGUAGGAACAGUGCUGUCUGGGGAUGCACAGGUGCAUCUGACCUGGCUUUGCCUUUGGAACCAGUAUAAUGGAAGGGGCCAUAUGCAGAGUCCUUACAGAUCAGGAUGCUAUAUGGGAGAAGUAGAAAGUUAAAAGAAAAUGCCUGGAUUUGAUUUGUUAGUAGCAGACAGAUAUAACACAGUAGUUUACAUGUGCAGCGUGAGCCAACAUGCCUCUCAGCUCUAGAAGAGCCAAGCAUUCAGGCUCUCAAUGUUUAAAUCAGUUUUAUACUCCAAAUUUCUUGUUUUUUUAACCUUUUUUCCCCCAUCACUGUUUUGUCUUCCUCUGUUUGUAUUUCUGUUGAUUCUAGAGGGAAAUGAUUCUGCCAUCAGUGGGACUAGCAUAGGACUUUGCUCUUCGAACAACUAGGAUUUGACUAACCAAGAAGUCUCUCCGCUGGACACCAAGAAACAGCUUCUGCUCUGCUUUUAUAAAAUUGAUACCGAGCAUUAAAUGUUCCCAGGCAGGGCACAUAGCUUCUUGUUUUUCUUUGUGUGUGGUCUGACUUCUAUCAAACACAAAUUCCCAGACCACUUUCCUGUUCUUAGAAAUUUUCUAGCCAUGCCCUAUGCACUUUUAAAUAUCGCUGUUUUGUAUAGUUGAUUUCAGAUAACCCUCGGGAAUUAGUAAUCUUGGGAAUUGGAUACAGUUCUCAAAGUUAAGAUUUAAUUAUCAGUUAAAAUACUUAAUAUAGCUGAAGUUUGUGUAUUUAUGGGAAAUAAGCUUUGCGUUAGAAACAGAGCUGACGGAAGACCGUCUGCUUGAGUGACAUUUUGCUGAUGGAGGUGAUUGCAGGAUGGAUAAGGGAAAGAAGUGCUAAAGGCUGUAACCUCAAGAUUUUGACCAAAUAGAUCCUCAAAGGUGUAUGGGUUGUUUCAUGCUCUUAGUAAGGAAAACAUUCUGUGAUAUACCCUUGUGAAAGCUGUUACGUUAUGUUUUAACUUCUCAGAGACCAUUCGCACUUUGUUUUGAUGUUUCUUAAGGCAAAGCUUAGGCAGGAAGAAUUAAUGUUCUUUAGGGGCAGGUGGUGGUCUUUACUCUGGCCCUUUCCCGUUCUUCCUUCCUCUCCCCCUCCCCCCAUGGGCCAUUGCCCUCUGAUGGAAUUAAUUUCUUUGGCUGUUUGAUUUUUUUUAUAUUGUAUUUUUAAAAUUUGCUGUACGAUGCCCUCUGAGCAUCAUGUACCACCAGAUAAAUAAAAUUUAUUAUAUUUAAA